AUGCGCCGGUUCGCCGUUUGCGCUGCUUUUGCAGCUUCCGUUGUGGCCCAGAACUCCACGGUCUCACUCUUUCUCCCCGUCGACCCACUGGACCCGGGGACCUCCUUGAGUGCCUCCGUUGUAAACGUCGACAGUCAUUCCCACACCACCUACGAGAUUACUUGCGAGCAAUGCGAGGGUGCUACGAUUACUGCGAUCGAUGGACCCGACACCGCCCAGUUCGCCAUCCAUAUUGGCCCAGAGACCCCUCGACCCAGAGAGUAUCUUAAAACGAUGGAUGUCACUUGCCGGCUCGUGGAAGAGGAUAUCGGGUCCUGCACAGUCAGUAUAGUCUACGUGGAAGAGUCCGCCACCAAGAGUUUCAACAGCGCCAUGGAGACCGAAGCCUGGUACGCGCCGCUCACCAUCACUGCCGGUGUCGAGAAACUCUCCGCCACGGCGACGCAAACAGGCCAUGACCAAAAUACCGCUGCGCCUACAACCAGGGCAAUGCGCCCUUCCUUAGGCAGCCUCGGAAUCCCGUGCUUGCUGCGGCCGCCGCUGUUGUUGGAGGCGCGUUGUUGA